AUAUAUCUAUGUCUCUUCAUGCUUCAAAAAAAAAAAAAAGCUUCUAAGUCUCUUCUUCUGACACAAUGAAAAAGUAAUCAUAGCUUCUGUUUUGGUGUGUAUUAGCAUAGUUAUGCCGCAAGCAGACGAAAUCUCUCAAUUUUUUGUUUUUUUGAUGACAAAGGGAAAAGGUGUACUGGUUCAUAAAAAUGCUCCCAAAGCAAACAAGAAGAUGGUUCUAAAGAGAACUCCUAGGAUGAAGGUGAAGUGUGUGAGGCAGAGACUUUUUCCAUCUCCGGAUAAAGUCAUUAAUAUUUCUACUGACUCGAUUAAGUCUUCUUCAAGAAUGAAUCAUGCUUCCCCGACAUACACUCCGAUGUCGCCUUACAAGAAGUCCUUGAAUGAAUUGUUUGAUGAAAUAGAUCCCGCUGAUAUUACACCAGAUUUUUUUGGAAGUCCCUGUCAAGACGGAUGGUGUUCGAAUCACCGAAGAGCACUCUGCUAUUUUCGACCCCGAUGUUGCCAAAGGCUUGGCAAAUGGCUGCCUUCUACCCAAGGAUCGUCAGGCUUAUGCCCAAAUUAUUGACCAGGAAGAAAUGUUUGGGAUCUACAAUAUGAACAUGUUUCGCCUCCUGUCCAUUGGAUCGUGCACAUCAAAUAUUGAAAUCUGCUGUAGCUGAGCGGGAUAACGUGAUCCAAGCCGCCCUUGCUAACAGAGACCUUGAGAUCAAACACCUCCGUUCCGAGAUAGCUUUUAAGGAUAUGGAGAUUAAAGAUCUCGAAGAUGACUUGAAGGAAUAUCACUAGAA